CAGUUUUUUAAAAGCCAAAAAAAAAGUUGUGUGCCACGAAGUUUAGAGAUAAUCGAUUAGAAUAAAGAUGGACGAAUCACUGGAUGAUUACAUAUCAAAGACCAAUUUUAAAGUUCAGUUUGGUAACCCCAGUUACAAGUCAAAUCAGCUUGGAGGGCAAAGCCGAAAGCGAAUCACACCCAAUUAUCAAAGUUCGAGGGUGACUGAUGUUUCUAUCACAGUUCCGGCUGUCAGAAAGACUGGCUCAAACCAGAACAGAACAAACCAGAUGAGAGAUGCGCGUGAAAAGCUGACUGUGAAAACACAUCCAACUGAUGCUAGGCAGAAACUUAUCCAGAAAGCUAAGGGCACAGAUGCACGCCAGAAGCUGAUUACCAUUCGGGCUAACAAAGAGCCAGUUGAUGCCCGCACCAAGCUUGUGGCGAAAAAGAGAAUUCAUGCCCCAGGAGCCCAAGCCCAGACACAAGCAGAAGACUUCACACUCACCAGAACUGUCUCAAACAGAUCAACAGUCGGAAACAAUAUUCAGCUUACUCCAGGACCACAGGGAAAAUUCAGUAUAACGAAAACUUUGACAAAAGUCAUGCCCCCUGGCUAUGAGACGGUGUCCGGAGGGAGCGGUUUUGGGGCUCCACCCACUGUCACCCGACGCCUUGGACCACCCACAGGCACAACCAUCACCAGAACUGUCCCCAACCCCUCUACUCAACCACCACAGGCCCCCAAGACCCAGCAGUACCUAGCACCUAAUGUGCCCCAAACAAUCCAGCCUGUUAAUCUUCCCUAUCCCCCAGCACAGCUCUACCCUCGAGCCACCUACAUCCAGCCUCCUGCUACCCAGGAGCCCUACCAAACCCCAACAUCUACAUACCCUCCCCAGCCUGUCUAUCAAGCCUUGCCCCCUUCUAUCCCCCCUCAACCUUCUGCAGUAAAUGUGCCUAUGGGUUCAAAUUACCAGGUAAAUGUUUCCUCUCAGGGCCAGAUGAUGCCGAAAAUUCAGGUGCACAACGAUCAGUAUCGGCCGCCAGUCCCUGCUGCUUAUGCACCAGCUCAGCAACAGUACACACCCCAGCCACAGUAUGCCUCGCCCCAAGGGCCUCAGUACAUGCUGCCAUCACAGCAAGCCCCUUCCAGUCAGGCUUACGCAUACACCCAGCCGCCCCAAUCUGCCCAACCAAUGUACUACCAGCCGGCCCCUGUAAACGAGCUGUUGGUGAAGGAGGAGCCAUUAGAUGAAGAGGUGGACUCUCAACCAAUUCAUAAGCAGAAUUUCAGUGUUAAGACAAUUAUGAAUGAUACCCACACUCCAACAAAGCCUGUAGGCUUGCAGUCAUCAGCUCUGAAAAGAAAGUCUCCUGCUGAGCCUCUGCGCUUUACCACAAACAGUGGACCACUGAAGACUUCUAGUUCUAGUUAUGUUCCAAUUAUUGACACAGUUGGAAUUAUAGAACCAGCUAAGAAAGGGAAGUUCACAAAAAUAUCAGGACCAGAUGAUUCGGCAAGUGCCAAACUUCCUAUUCAGAGAAAAGCACCUCUUGAAGAUGAUGAUGAGAAUGUGAUCAGCCCACUGCAGGGUUUCCGUAUCUCCAUCACUAACCUUGCUCACACCGUCACCCAGGAUGACAUCAUUGAGCUGUUUGGAGCGGUUGGUGCAGUGAAGAGUGUCAAACUACUCAAGCGAGGCAUGGCAGACGUCAUCUAUGUGAAGAGGGAGGAUGCCAUCAACGCCACAAAAACAUAUAGUGAACGUGAACUUGAUGGCCGGCCUAUGGUAGUGAAGACAAUGACACCAAUGUCUGCAAGGAUUAAGGACGUAUCGGAUAAAGUUCCUGCAUCAGCCAAAGUUGGAGAUGGACAGCCACUUGUGUUCAACAAGAAGCCACGGAGGCAGGACCCCAGUAAGGUGGUGGAAGUGGGCACCUUGCACCGCGCUCUCUUCAAAACGGGCGUCAACCCUUCAUCCAAGCCCAUCACCUUCACAGUCAACAUAUAGACAAGCAUAAAUAGACAGUUCCAUUCUGGCAGUGUAAUAAAGCAUUCAAUUUCAAUUUUAGUUAAUGCCCAAGUGUCACUGAUUUUUUAACAAACUUGAAAUUGUGAAUUGUGAGUUUGCUUGGUUGGAAAUUGCAGUAUUCAUUGUUUAAAUAUACUGUCACAAUCUGGCAUAAGCAUUUAUACUUUGCCUUUUUCCCCUGGGUGAGAAUGUAGGUUGACAUUCCAGAUGUGGAAAGGAUUUGAGUUGGCCUAGUCUGAUUUUUACAGGCUGGUUUUGUGUUAUGCAAUAUUGUACUUUGUAAUCAUUUGGCUAAAAUUUGGUAUUAAAACACUUGUUCAUUGAAUUACAAUUUUAGUCUCUACAGUAUUUUUGAGAUUGUAAAAGAAUUGUGUGUAACAGUCUAUAUGUGCUUAUUCACAACUGUGACUAUGUAGAAAUAGUUGUAUUACAACAAAUAUCAACACAUAUAAUUUCAAGUAAAGAUGAUUGCUAAUGCAAUGGACAUGAACUUGUAAACAUGUUGCAUGGUACAUCAUUGAAGGAAAAAAGCAAAAGAAAGAUGAACCCAGGUAAAAUUGAAUCAUGGUGUUGGAUUGUGCCAUAACAUCAUAUUACAUUUACUAGGGAUGACCCUUCAUGUAAACAUUGAAAAACUACUUGAUUGCCACGGGCUGGUUAAAAUGUAAUCAUUUCCAUUCUUUCAGAAACAAACACUUCUAUACAUUUAAAUUUUUGUAUUCAUGUUUACUUUUGUACAAAAUCAUUUUUAUGUACAUGAUUUUGUGUUAAAAGUUUUUUCUAUUGUAUCAUUAUGACGAAGUUAAAAUGACAAUACACACAUGUAUAUAAUAUUGUUUAAAUGUUCAAAAAGUUUUGGUCAUAAUAAAUGUGGAUUAUCA